AUGAGUGACAAUGAAAAUCAUCCACCUUUUUCCGGUGAUCCUUCGCACAAGCAUAGCAGUUCAGCGCUCCAUUCGGGCCUGCAUAAAAAAGUGGCUUCAUCAAAUCCCCUGGUUCUUCAUGGUCGACAUUUUGGUCGCACAGGCAUACUGCGCCUGGAAGAAUUACAGGACACUCUCAUUGAGGAUUAUCCUGCAGAUGUUCGAUGGGAACACAGGGUGUUCACGGAUCUCAUUGAUUCGUACCCUGGUCUUCUAGAUCGUCUAACAAAUGGCGAGGAGGAGGAUGUCAUUCAUGUGGGGGAAUUGAUGGGUAAAGGAGCCUCUGGUGCACGAGGCGAUGACACGAAGACCCUCAAAUCUGUGGUUCUUGAGUGGCUUGUGCCGAGAGGACAAGUAGUCAUACCGCCCCUCUCCAGAAACAUCAAGUCUGACCGUGGAUUCAAUCACGAGGUCACUGGUGCAUUGCUCUGUCCUGCAGGUCUUGACUGGUUGAAUGCAGAAACCAAACGGAGUCUCAAAAGCAGUGAAACCGCAGUCCGUGGCGACCAAUGGCCCAUGUUCUUGUAUGCUGGGUAUGUCUAUGAUUCUGACGAUCUGUGGAAGGGUUUACUGAGGAGCGAGAUCCUUAUAUUUGGUUUUAAACAUGUCUUUACCUCUCCCAGCUCUGUGGAGAGGGAGCCAAAAGCUACGCGCUCCGGCAAUGCACAUCUCCACGGCAUGAAGUCCAUGACGAAAGGCUCUCUGGCCUAUAUUGCCAUGCAGGUUCAGUUUUCGUUAAGCUUGUCGUCCAUAUUUUCGCAUACGGACACGGUAACGGACUCCAAAAACUUCUAUCACAGCAUUCUUGAUCUAUUGGAAGAUCCUGACGAAAGUCAGGAAGUAGUGGACUUGAUGACAUGGUGGACACGUCGUAUUUUCCCUAAUUCGUCCUGUUCGCAGCAAAGUAUCAGCACAAACAGCGCGCUGGCAAAAAUUCGGGACAAACGCGCUGCUCUUCGAGAAUUAGGCCCCUCUAGCACUACUUAA